AAUUUCAUGAUGCUCUAUAGACUUUGGAUUCCUCUUUAUCGAUUUCCUGAAGUGAAGAUUUAUCACUUUUCCAUCUCUCCUUUCUUUGCCCACAUCUCUAUAAUUGCACCUCUGUUUUGAUCAUUUAUCACACAUACAGAGGAGAAACCACUUCUUCCAUGGCCUUACAAAGAGCUUCUUCCUCGCUCUCUUCCGCUUUAACUUCUUCUAUACAUCCAUGGACUCACGAUGUAUUCUUGAGCUUUAGAGGUAAAGAUGUUCGCCAAAAAUUUAUUUCUCAUCUAUAUAAUGCUUUGGAUAAAAGAGGAAUCAACACUUACAUUGACGACGAGCUCGAAAGAGGAGAGGAAAUUCCGCAAGCACUUUUCCAAGCUAUCGAAGGAUCAAUGAUUUCCAUCAUUGUAUUCUCUAAAAAUUAUGCAGAAUCAAGAUGGUGUUUGAACGAAUUGUUGAAGAUCCUUGAGUGUAUGGGUACAACAAAACAAAUUGUUCUACCAGUAUUUUAUGAGAUAGAUCCAUCAGAUGUAAGACAUCAAAAAGAAAGUUUUGGAGAAGCAUUCGCUAAACUUAAAGACAGGUUCGAGGGCAAGGUAGAAGUGCAGAAGUGGGAGGCAGCAUUAGAAGAACUAGCCAAUAUCGCGGGGUUCGAAUUAAAGAAUUACAGGUACUUCUGAUUUCUUUGACUAUAUAUAUAUAUAUAUAUAUAUAUGUAUGUGUGUGUGUAUGUAUGAAUGUGUGUGUGUUUGUCUAUAUGAUGUUAAAGCGAACUUUUUGAAGAAACUGAGACAAUUACGGCAUUGAUAAAGAUAUGAUACUACUA